AGCUGAAGAUCAAAAAGUGGAAUCCGUGAGCAAAGAGGCAAAGAACUGGAUUUAUUUAUUUAGCUAGCACAGAGGGCUAAAAACAGAAACAGGUAUAAAGAAGGAUUGGAGGGCCUUUGGAGAAAGCAUGGCAAAAAGGGAAGGCUUUGGAAACAGAUUAGAGAAGACUAGAAGACAUUAGAACACAGAAAGGUCGACAUACAGAGCUGAAGAAUCACAAGCUGAAAUGAGUAACCAGGAGUCUGAUGUUCUGUGUUGCUGGAGAUGUAGAAAAUAUAUAGCAAAUUCUGUUUGCCUUGCAAAAUGUCAUGGAAAUGAAGCAUCCAAAAUACCACAACCUGCAGCUGCCACUCAGGAGUCUUGCAACCUGUGGCACGUGAACUUAGAAACCAUUCCAGAGUGGGUGAAAUGUGUCAUUGAAAAGGCACAGUGGACAAUUGGAAAACUGCACUGUCCAUUCUGUGAGGCCUGCUUAGGGGGCUUUAACUUUGUUUGCAACACAAAAUGUUCUUGUGGACAGUUAGUAAAUAUACAUUUUUGCAGAAGUCAAACUGACUAUCAGCCAGCUUUCUCAGUUAAAUUGGCAAAAUCAUCAGGAAAACACUCACCUCUCUUCAAAAUUCAGUCUGGUUUUAGCAAGGAUACCUACCAUGAAGUGGCAACUGCAACUUUGCAAGUCAAAAAUCAAGGGCUUUCAUAUGUGAACAGAAAUAAUAAUGGUACUGGAAGAUUAACAGAAGCACUUUGUCUAGAAAUAAGAGCUCCCAGAUUUGAGAUGAAAGGUAAAAAGUGUCCCUUAAGUCAAAACAAAAAUCUUUGUGCUUCCUAUCCUAUGAAUGAUGCAUGCACUAUAAAACCUUUUCACAGAAGAUCCCAUAGUUUGGAUUUAAAUAUCAGAGAGAGACUUGUUUUGUCAUCUGUGUUAUAUGAGAGUUGCAGUAUGAAAAGAGUUCACCACAACCAAAAUGAAAAUCCUUCUGUUUACACACAAAGUGGCGUGCAGUUAGAGUCCAGUAGGAAAGAUGGUAGUUCUUCUUGGGACCUAUAUAGUUCCAGCAUUGACAAAUUACAAAAAAGAUUUCAAAUUAUUUCCAUUACCACAUUACUACAUGGAGAAACAGAAAGUGAAUGUGAUUUUGAAGCUACUGGACAAUCUUCUGGAAGUGCUGUUGCAGAUGGGUCACCUUUUGUGAUGAGCCUUUCUUCACCUACACGUGCUGUAGAAGAGGAGCGAUACAUCACACCUGUUGGUCUUGUGCAACCUGCAAGUAUUUCCUUCAACCAGAAACUGAAUAAGAGAGAAAGAAACAAAUUGAAAAGCUUGAGGAGAAAACAAAAAAGGCAAGAAAGGUGGCUGCAGAAACAGACUGUAAAUGAUAACCUGCAUACAGAGGAUGAGCGUGAACUCAGCAGAGAUAAAGAAAGCUAUCUCUGUGCAGUAUGCCUGGAUGUUUAUUUCAAUCCUUACAUGUGCUAUCCAUGCCACCACAUCUUUUGUGAACCUUGCCUAAGGAUGCUUGCUAAAGACAAUCCAGCCAGUACUCCAUGUCCACUGUGUCGCACUACAAUUGCCAGAGUCUUUUUCCAAACAGAACUGAACAACUCUACCAGGUCUUUUUUCCCUACGGAAUAUUUGAAAUUAAAAGAAAAUUUUCAAAAAUCAAAUUCUGCAAAAUGGCCUCUACCAAGCUGCAAGACAGCCUUCAGAGUUUUUGAAGGUUUUCAAAGACGCUCAGGUACGGUAACAAGGAGGCAUUUUCCACAUGCUGCUCACAGGAUGGACUACAUGGACUUUGAGGAUGACAGCCGUGGAUGGCGGUUUGAUAUGGACAUGGUGAUAAUCUACAUUUAUUCAGUCAACUGGGUAAUAGGAUUUAUUGUGUUCUGUUUUCUUUGUUAUUUCUUUUUCCCUUUUUAG